UUAUAUCCAUCUCUCUCUCAUUGACUCGCAGGGACUCUUUUAACACAUUCAAGACACACUCUCACUGUCCAUCCAUGGCGACGGCAAGAGUCAUGGCCAUCGCAAACACCACCGCCACCACUUCCUGCUUGCUUUCCAAGUCGAUUCAUUUCCUGCCCAAGCAGGGUCCGUUUAACCCCCGCGCUUGCUUCACCAGGAGAGUACCGUCGCUCAAGAAGUCUUUCACUUGUACCGCCAUCUAUAACCCCCAGGUUCAGGUCAAGGAGCAAGGUCAGCCUGAAACCCUCGAUUAUAGAGUCUUCUUCGUCGACAAUUCCGGAAAGAAGAUUUCCCCUUGGCAUGAUAUUCCACUGCAUUUGGGUGAUGGUGCAUUCAAUUUUGUUGUCGAAAUACCCAAAGAAUCAAGUGCAAAGAUGGAGGUUGCUACUGAUGAGCAGUACACUCCAAUAAAACAGGAUACAAAGAAAGGAAAGCUUCGAUAUUAUCCUUACAAUAUAAAUUGGAAUUAUGGAUUACUACCACAAACCUGGGAAGACCCAUCCUUUGCUAACUCUGAAGUUGAAGGGGCAUUAGGGGAUAAUGAUCCAGUUGAUGUUGUUGAGAUUGGUGAAAGGCGGAGAAACAUUGGUGAGGUUCUCAGAGUCAAGCCUUUGGGUGCUUUAGCUAUGAUUGAUGAGGGAGAACUUGACUGGAAAAUAGUUGCAAUUUCAUUGGACGAUCCAAAAGCUUCACUUGUGAAUGAUGUUGAUGAUGUUGAGAAGCAUUUCCCAGGCACACUCACUGCAAUAAGAGACUGGUUUAGAGAUUACAAGAUCCCUGAUGGAAAGCCUGCUAACAAGUUUGGUCUUGGCAACAAGGCAGCAAACAAGGAUUAUGCACUUAAAGUCAUCACUGAAACCAACGAAUCGUGGGCUAAACUUGUGAAGAGAUCAGUAGCUGGAGGAGAGCUGUCACUUGUAUAGAGGAAUUGGUAGGAUGAGAACUGCAGAUGCUAUAGCUUGUAUUCUUAUUGAAUUCAUUAAGAUCUUUCUACUAGCCGAGUCCUGGUAAUAUAUAAAUGUUUGACGGUAUUGCCAAUUUUUUUUUCCCUAUUGAGCUGAAAUGAACCAUUAGUCUCCUCUAAUCUCUUCUAUUUUCUGCUGUAGACAAAAAUAUUUAGGUCUUAAUUAUGAAAUGAAACUUUCUAUUCUGGACUGCAA